CCAGCAAUGCAACGGUUUCUCUGUCCUGGGAGGUUCCUCAUCAGGCUGUGGGUGGUAUCCCCCAACCUCCACCUGUUCCCCAUAGUCCUUCCCUUCUCAAAUCUGGGCUGGUGGAGUCCUGGACUGGUCUUUCAGGGCUAAACUGGCUUUUUCUCACAGCCCAGACACUGCACAGGAGCUGCUGCUGGAGGUGACAACUGUCCUGCUGGAGGUCAGGGGAAGAGUUUAGUCCAGUCAGCAUGACUGGAAUUGUCAGUGCAGGUUCCUCUUUCUUCAGGAACUGGGGAAAAAAGAUUGCACCAUGUGGUAAAAGCCCAGAUGAGCAUCAGCUCAGCCCUCUGGGGUGGUGGGUGAAUGGAUCCCGAGGAGUUCCUCGUGCUGCCCUUUCCUUGGUCUCUUUUCCAGAUGACCUUUUAUUUCUCGGACACGGCAGUGCUGCUCUUUGACUUCUGGAAUGUCCACAGCCCCACAGGGAUGGUGCUGUCAGUGCUGGUGAUCCUGCUGCUGUCGGUGCUCUACGAGGCCCUGAAGAUGGGCAAGGCCGUGCUGCUGCGGCGGGCGCUGCUGGCACUGCCCCGCAGCCUCAGCCAGGAGGCCCUGACGGAGCCACAGGAGGGGGACACCGACCCUGCGCAGGGCAGGUGGUUCCGGUACCACGUGGGGCAGACGCUGUUCCACGUGGUGCAGGUGGUGCUGGGCUACAUGGUGAUGCUGGCUGUGAUGUCCUACAACGCCUGGAUCUUCCUGGGGGCCAUCGCGGGCUCCACGCUGGGCUAUUUCGUGGUGUACCCCCUGCUCGGCCGGGGUUAGACCCCCCCCAGGGUGGUGGGACACGUGCCCCCACCUCCUGCUCCUCUGUCUGGAAUAGCUGCUGUCACUUCUGCUGGCUCUGUCCCUGUCCCCUGUGCUGGGUGGGACGCAGAGCCCCAGGGACUCGCUGUGGGGCUCUCGGUGCUGGCCCUGCCGGGGUGGGGCAGUGCUGGGGACAGGGAGCCCCACGGCCAGCACUGCCAGGCUGGUGGCUGUCCCCUGGCUCUCAAGGAGCUCUGGGCAGGUGCUGACAGCGAGGGGGUGCUGGGCAUUUCCUUCCCCUCCCCACUUUUCAAGGAGGUUCAUCCUGGCUGGAACGGGAAUGGUCCGGUGACUUGCUGGGGAAGGGGACACGCUGGGGACAGGGCCCACUGCCCUCCUGCCCCAGAGCUGCCCUGCACCAAGCCCCUCUUCACACAGUGCCUUCUGGGGAUGCUGGGGGGGUCCUGCUCCCCCCACCCACUCCCCUCCUGCCAGUGCUUCAGGGAUGGGGUUGGAGUAGCCCCCGAGCCAUGGGGACACUGCUGCUCCAGGCACCUCUUGCUGCUUCCUCAGGACACCCCUUUUAAUAAAAUCAUCUCAGUCACUCUGCUCCUGGUUUGUGUCGCUGCUGGGUGGUCUCAGGAGGUGACACCCCCUGGUCACAGCAGGAAUGGGGGUCCCCAGCCCUGCUCCCCAGGCGGGAGGUUCAGGAACAAGGACAAACCUCCUCUGGCUUUAAAUAAAGCUUUUCCAUUUUAUUAAUUAUUAUAAGCAUAUCUUUAAA